UUAAAGUUGUAAAAUCGUUACCAAGUUUUCAAGUUCAUUCAUUUAGUUGAACUUUUUGCCUCUUCUUAUUUAUAAUUUGUUUGUAAAAACAAAUAAAAAAAUGCUAGAACUUAGCAAUUUCCAUGCACCACAAGAGGGAAUACGUCAUGAAGAACCAAAUACUACCGUGUAUAUUAACGAUAGAGAAGUAGGAAAAGGAAUUUUGUAUAUUACAGAGAGCUUACUUUCUUGGGUGAAUUAUGAUACACAACAAGGAUUCUCACUUAAAUAUCCUCAUAUAUCUUUACAUGCCAUAUCACGAGAUGAAGAUGUACAUCCAAGACAAUGUUUAUAUAUUAUGGUUGAGGCAAAAGUAGAUCUUCCAGAUGUACCAUUACCAUCAGCUUCUGAUAGUGAUUCAGAGAAUGAAUUUGAAGAUGCAGAUACACCUAUCACAGAAAUGCGAUUUGCACCUGACAACAUAAAUAAUUUAGAUGCAAUGUUUCAAGCAAUGAAUCAAUGCCAGGCUAUUCACCCUGACCCACAAGAUAGUUUUUCUGAUGCUGAAGAAGACAUUUAUGAAGAUGCAGAGGAAGUUGAUCUUGAAUCCUCCCUGAUGCCUCCCUACAUUCUAUCAACAGGAGGUGUGAUACUAGCAGGUCAAUUUGAAGAUGCAGAAGAAGAUUUGUAAAGUAUGGAGAUAAUAUAAUGCAAAUGUGCAUUUAGUAUUAAUUUAUAAUUACCAGUAUCAUGUACCAUGGUAGAUAUGUGAUAUUAUGGCAGACUGUAUAAGAGAGCAGUAUCAAACAUAAAAACAGCUAACAUUUAUUUAUAUUCAUUUUAU